UCUUUUCUUUUCUUUUCUUUCUAUUUCUUUCGAAUAAAAUGUAUGCUAAUAGAACAGCAGGCUCUACAGCCUUGAAGCGUCUGAUGACAGAUAUAAAGAUUAUAGAGUUGACACUGAAUGCACCUGAAGGAAUCACAGCAGGUCCUGUUGAUGAAAACAACUUUUUUGAAUGGGAGCUCUUAUUGCGUAUUGGCCCUGAAGGUACACCUUUUGAAGGUGGACUGUUUCCUGCUACACUUACGUUCCCUAAAGAUUAUCCUUUAAGCCCACCUACAAUGCGAUUCACAUGUGAUUUCUUUCACCCUAAUGUUAUCAAAAUGGGACUUAGUUCUGAACGUUGGAGUCCUGUUCAGAGUGUAGAGAAGAUUUUGUUGAGUGUGGUCAGUAUGUUGGCAGUAAAACCCAAUGAUGAAAGUGGUGCUAAUAUUGAUGCCUGUGUAAGUCAUGUAUAGCACAUUAUUUGUCUCAUUCAAAUGUAGAAAAUAUGGAGAACAGACCGUGAACGUUAUAAUGAAAUAGUAAGAGAGAAUGCUAGAAAGACAU